GAUGUUUUCAAACCGUUAAAAAAAAGCAUCAAGGCGCACAAACCAACCCACUCUGUUACUGGUUUUGUGACAGGUUUUCGGUAAUAACAAAAGCAGUAGUUUAGAACUGACCUCUAUUGCUAUGAUAGAACUCCAUUGGUCUUUAUAAACCACUUAGCUCACACUCUGCUAUUUUGGGUCUAAGUAUAGAACAAGUGCUGGGGCUUCUCAGACUGUGUCAGGUAGUGGAAGAGUUUCUGUGGCCUGUCAGUAUUAUUCAGUUCUGUGUGGUUUUCCUGAGAGCAAGCAACAUAACACAGGUAUGUCAAAGUCAGAUAGGUCUGGUCUUUGGAGGAUUUCUGAACAGUUGGUGUAUUCAACUUCAUCAUGGCUAGAUACCUGCUGUUUGUCAUCCUCACGUAUUCCCUUCAUGAGAUCAAACCACAAAGUCUGACUGUUAGCAGUACCAGUGCUUUCACUCCUGUACCUCCUGCAACACCAGUGUCCAGUGAUAAGUACUUGUCGAUAUGGAAGUUGAUGGUAGCUGGGACUGGGUCUGGAGUAUCUUUGGGCAUCAUCUUGAUGGUAUCUGCACUUCUUUCAAGGACAGAAAAAUGUGUUCUACUGAGACCAAAAGCCAACUUCAAUGGAAAAUCAAAAUAUGUGUGUGGAUAUGUAGGAAGAUUUAACACUGGAGAGUACUUGCCAGCUGGUUAUGAUGACACCUACAGUAUCGUCACCUAUGAAUUCAGCAUUAUUGAUGGGUGUGGAUAUGUAGGAAGACUCAACACUGGAGAGUACUUGCCAGCUGGUUGUGAUGACACCUACAGUACCAUCACCUAUCAAUUCAGCAAUAUUGAGGAACCAGCUGCAUCAGACCAGAUAGAUACUGUGCACAGCAAUUAAACAGCAUCUCAUGAAGAUAUAAAAUUGUGCUUCCUAUGUCUUUUUGGCUUUGCUAUUUUCAGUACAUGUAAAUCGAUUAUUAGAUUGUAGACUGCUGUAAUGACCUCAUGAAUCCAUAGCACUGAUACACUGAUGCUGAAACAAAAGAAACAAAAGACAGGACAGAGGAGAAGAUGAUAUGUAAUAUUUGUUGCUGUGGUUUAUUAAUAAAGAAAGUACAAAACCUUUAACUUUACUGCCAUUUUCUGAGAAAAACCACCCUGGAAACAAAAUGAAAGAAACAGAAAUGUUGAAAAAAUGUUGAAGAAAAAAACAAUUAACUAAAAGUGUAGAAGAUUUGAUCAAAAUAUAUUGGAUGUACAAAGUGUAUCAUGGCAAGUGGAGGUAAAGUGUAUGUGUUUCUCUGGCCUGUCUGUUUUGUUGAUUCCCUUCUGAUGGUUGCU